GGGAAGUUGUGAAUGAAGGAAGAUAUAAAGAAAGAGCGGCGCUAUCGUUACAGUUAGUUCACAACAGUGCUCACUGAAGAGAAGUUAUUAAGAAUAUUUCAAGUUUAUUUAAAAGAUUUUCCAAGAUGAUGGGGCCAAUGUCUCAACCCACUAACAUUAUAAAUCAUAAUGAGAAGAAAAACGUGGAGAUGCCGAUGGGAAGUCCACCUGAUAUACCCAAACUAAUGCCCGGCGGCAACUACAUCAGAAUCGGUAAGGAUUCAGCACACAGCACUUGCAUCGUCUUCGCACCCCCAGCUGAAGAAGUAGGAGUUCUUGCCAAAUACUUGUCAAUCUUCAAGAAACAUGAAGUCAAUCUAUUACACAUUGAAUCUAGACCAUCUUCGAAAACUCCGGACAAUUACGAAUUCAUGGUAGAAUGUGCCCCAACUGGAAACCUUGGAGCUGCAAUUUCCGACAUGAAAGACAUCAGCGAAUACUUACAGAUCAUUUCCAGAGACUACAGAGAUAACAAAGAUACCGUUCCAUGGUUUCCAAGACGUAUAAGAGAUCUUGACCGUUUUGCUAACCAGAUUUUAUCCUAUGGCGCUGAGCUAGAUGCUGAUCAUCCUGGUUUCACUGAUCCCGUCUACAGAGCACGCAGGAAAUACUUUGCUGAUAUUGCCUUCAAUUACAAACAUGGUCAAAAACUUCCUCACGUAGAUUAUACCAAAGAAGAAACUGAAACAUGGGGCAAAGUAUUUAGGCAACUGACAACUUUAUAUCCCACACAUGCUUGCAAAGAACAUAAUCAUGUGUUCCCCCUACUAGUAGAAAACUGCGGGUACAGAGCAGAUAACAUUCCACAAUUAGAAGACAUCUCGAAUUUCCUUAAAGAUUGUACUGGAUUUACACUUAGACCUGUAGCAGGUCUGCUUUCUUCCAGAGAUUUCUUAGCUGGAUUAGCAUUUAGAGUCUUCCACUCCACCCAAUACAUUAGACAUCCCAGUAAACCUUACUAUACACCAGAACCAGAUGUUUGCCAUGAGUUGUUAGGACACGUACCACUUUUUGCUGAUCCAGAAUUUGCACAGUUUUCACAAGAAAUCGGACUAGCUUCCCUAGGAGCCCCUGAUGACUACAUCGAAAAACUCGCAACUUGUUUCUGGUUCACUGUCGAAUUCGGCCUCUGUAGAGAAAAUGGAGAGCUCAAAGCCUACGGAGCAGGUCUUCUGUCCAGUUUUGGCGAACUUCAAUACGCUUUAGAACUUAAAUCAGAAAUCCGACCUUUCGAGCCAGUUAAGACAGCGGAACAAAAGUACCCAAUCACCGAGUACCAGCCUGUGUACUACGUAGCAGAAAGUUUUGAAGAUGCCAAAGAAAAGAUGAUACGUUAUGCAGCUACCAUUCCAAGAGAUUUCGGAGUUCGUUACAACGCUUACACUCAAAGUAUAGAAGUUUUGGAUUCCAAACUUCAGGUUCAAAGACUGGUUAACAAUAUCGCCUCCGAAAUGUGUAUCCUGACAGAUUCUCUAAGAAAAUUGUAAUUUAUCAAAAUUACUUAUGCUGACUACUUAGUUAUAGUAUUAUUUAUUUAUCAAAUUCGUCCAGUCUAAUUAAUUUAUUGUUAAGCUUUAGUAUUAGGUUUUCUACUUAUGUUGUCUGUAGUUUUAUACUCAAAAAAUGUGAUAUAUAGAAUAUAAUAAGAAAUAAAAAUAUUCAAUUUUU